ACGUCCUUGGGAAUGUCACGUUUCGAGGGCCAAAGUUCCAUUUUUCCUGGCAUGGCUGGGGCUGGCGUUGCAGCCGCAGCUGUUUGCCAUGCCUGGCAUUCGGCUGGAAAGACGACGGGCUCUCAGUGCCGCUGUCAGCUUACUACCAGCACCUGCGGAAGCCAUUCUUCGCACCACCAAAGAGACACCAGAACUGCCGCAAGUGCUGGCGGUUAUGUUGCUUCGAACCACCUAUGACUCCGUAGAAAGCUGGGGUGUUUAUUCCGACAUGGCGGACUACCAGAAGAAGUUUGCGGUGCAACUCCGUGAUGGGUUCGAAAGCUUUCGAGGUCGCUAUGAAAACUAUGACCUCACGGAUUUGUACAACACCUCCAAGUUGUUGGAAAGCCGCUCUGGAGGUGUCACGAAUCGUUUCUACUUCAGUUUCCUGAACGACGCCCAGUGGCGUGUCAUCGCUCGCGCCAUCCGUCGGGGCCCUGACAGGGAGCGUUUCUCACAACUGGUGGGUUCACGACUUUACCAGAGCAUUCUUCGUGGCGAGGACAUAAAGAGCGAUGUGGACAUGCAAGGACAAGAGGCAAACCUGCCAUCCAUUGGACGUUGGCCGCAGUUGGCAGUGUCCAAAGGUUCAGAUCCAACAGUUCUGAGUAGUGGCACCAGGCAACUGCUGAAGUACCUGAAAGACAUCGGCUAUUGCAAAGAUUUUCAGGUCACAGACUUUGCAUCCACAGGCGAUGCCGUGAAAUUCGUGUCCUUCGUGUUCGAUCCGGUGAACCUGGAUGCAACCGUCUCGUUGAUGAGAAGCAACGGUGGUUUCGCCCCAAGAUAUGAUCAGCGGAUUCUCCAAGCGUACUUUGCUGAUUGCGGUUUCUCCUCAACCUUCGAAGAUACUCUGGCAGAAAGCAUCGAAGUCACCAGCACUUCCAGCAGGCAGGUGAUAAUCACCAAGUACGACUCCGCUGCCAUGUCCCGAUUUCGGUGCACCAAGUUGCAUCGACAACGCCCGGCUGAUCCACUGGCAUAAUCUCUAUGAAACCCUAUGAAACCCUAUGAAAC